AUGGAAGGUGAACACAAGAGAGAGAAGAAAACUAGUUCCAUACUCAAGAAACUCGAAAAAUGCCUAUCGAUCGGCAAGAAGUCGUCCGAAGAUGACGAGAGCCGAAAAAAGGCGAACACGAGGCGUCGAGUCGCCCCCACGGGAUGCUUCUCGGUUUACGUGGGGCCCAAGAAGCGGAGGUUCGUGAUCAAGACCGAGUUCGUGAACCACCCUUUGUUCCGGAUGCUUCUCGAGGAUGCGGAGCUGGAGUACGGGUUCGCGAACACGGGGCCUUUGCACCUGCCUUGUGAGGUCGACCUUUUUGUCAAAGUCUUGGCACAAAUGGAAUGCCAAGAAGAUGAUGAUGAUGAUGAUGGUGGUGGUGGUGGCACGAGGGAUUUUUAUGAUCACUAUGUUUAUCCUUGUGGUGGGUGUAGCCCUUUCAACCACACGAGGCGUCGACUGGGGAAAAGCGGCUCGGUCGAGGGGUGUGCGCCGUACCCGUACUACCUUCACACGCCGCCGAGGUUUGUGAAGAUCAAUCAUUAUAGUUAA